UGCAUAUUUUGUUUAUAUUUUGUAUUAGCUUUAAGGCUUGUAGUGUUUUCACUUUCCCUUUACAAAAAUGUGAUGAAAUCCAGUGGCGGCUGGUAGAUUUUCUUUUGGUAGGGUCAGCCUGUCACGCCGUGGGUUUGCUUCCUGUUUUAUUUUGUAGUUUCCUGCCUCUUGUGUCCUUGGGUUAGCUUCACUUCCUGCCUUGUCCCUGAUUGUUUCUUCCUGUGUCCAAUCACCUGCAUCAUUUAAGCCCUGUGAGUCGUUUGUCCCGUCAUUGAAUGUCCUUCCUGAACAGCUUUCCUGUGUUUUGUUCCUGGUUCCCGUCUUCAGCAUUUUGAGUUAUUGUUGUAUUAAAGUCGUUUUUGAGUCCUGCCUACGUGUUGAGACACAGCCAUCGUUUCAGUGCACAUCCAGUACGAUUAAUGCAAAAAAAAAUCAAAAAGGAUAACAAAUCACAUAAUAAGGAUAGAUAGAUCAUGUGCAGAUAUCUUAAUUUCCAAUACUGGGUAUAUUUCAUGUUUCAAAAACACAAAUAGACACAUAUUUACUAUUUGUAAAAUGUGUUAUAAUGUAAUACAAAUAUAUAAAUAUAUAUAUAUUAUAUUGCCGCCACUAGAACUCUGAUCUGAUAAUCAGUGAACAAUCAGUGUUUUCAUUCUUCAGUCCCAACACAUCAUGCAGACAAAAGAAGCUUCACGUGUGUUAGAAUGCAGCAGAAAAACAGAAGGUUAUGAAAGCAUUCCAUCGUCUGCAGAUGGCUCAGAUUCCAUGCGGUCUGGGACGAGGGAGCGGUGGAACCGGUGGAACCGGUGGAACCGGUCCGGUUGGGCCGCUCUCUGGUCUCAGUCCUUCAGUCGCAGCCGAGGCCACCGGCAGCAAGAGACGCCUCGCUUCAUGUUUCCGUCCGACGGUUGAGGAGAAACGCUCGACCCUCUUCAGCCGGCUUUGAGAAGGAGACGCGAUGGAAAGCCCUCGUGAGGAGCCGGGGAGCACCACCCUGACGGAGGUCCGACUCGUCCUGAUCGGCGGCCGGUGGUCCGGCAAGAGCUUCUCCGGCAACACCAUCCUGAGGAGGGACCUGCUGGAGUGCGGCCGCACCCGGACGGCUCAGACCGAGGUGAGGCACGCGAGGGUGGAGGGCCGGCAGCUGGUGGUGGUGGACUGCCCCGGGUGGAGCGGCUACCUCGCCGAGAUCCCCGAGGUCGACAAGCAGCGGUUUAAACUCAACGCCUCCGCCUGCCCGCCGGGGCCGCACGCCUUCCUCCUGGUGGUGCCCCUGGACACGGCCUUCUCGGCGGGGAGCCGGCGGGCGGUGGAGGAGCACAUGAAGCUGCUGGGGGGCCGGGCCUGGAGACACACCCUGCUGCUCUUCACCUGCGGGGACUUCCUGGAGGGGGGGACCAUCGAGCGGCACAUCGAGAGCGAGGGAGACUCGCUCAGGUGGUUGACUGAAAUGUGCGGGAACAGGUACCACGUGUUCCACAACAAGGAGAAGGGGAACCUCCGUCAGGUGCAGGGGCUGCUGGAGAAGGUGGAGGAGAUGGCGCGGCGCGGCGGCUUCUACCGCCUAGACGAGGCGACGCUGAACGGCGUCAAGGAGAAGCAGCGGGAAGCGGGAGAGAGGGCGAAAGAGAGGAAGACGAGGGCCGAAGAGCAGAGGAGACAAAGGAGGGAACUCAUUCCAGAAGGAAUCAAACCCUUCCCAGAACUCCGCGUGGUUCUGCUGGGGAGCCGCGGCGUCGGGAAAACCUCGCUGGGAAACACGAUCUUUGGGUCCAAGGAGCGAGGAGACGGGCGGGGGACGACCUGCUCGCCGGCCCGCCGGGGCUUGGCGGGCGGGCCGCCGCUCACCGUGGUGGACACGCCGGGCUGGUGGAAAAGCUUCCACGUGUCCGACACCCCCGAAGCCACCAAGGAGCAGCUGAGGCUCAGCCCCUUCCUCUGCCCCCCCGGGCCUCACGCCUUCCUGCUGGCCAUUGACGCAGACGCCUCGUUCGGCGCCAAGCACCUGGACGCCGCCGCGUCCCACUUGGAGCUCCUCGGGGAGGGCGUGUGGAGGCGGACCGUGGUGGUCUUCACCCGUGGAGACUGGCUGGGAGAUCGCGGCGUGGAGGUGCACAUCGAAGGGGAGGGGGAGGCGCUGCGCUCCUUGGUGGAUCGGUGCGAAAACAGGUAUCACGUCAUGGACAACAAGAACGCGGACGACGGGAAGCAGGUCGCCGAGCUGCUGGAGAAGAUCACAGAGGCCGCGGCCGCUGACGGCGGGGGCCACUUCGUCCCAGACCAGGAGGAGCUUCUCAGGAUCGAGAGGAGAAGACUGAGCGUGGAAGAGGCAGCGGAACGAAGGCAGAGCCAAGUCGUGGCCAAAAGAAAAGCCCUCCGAGACGCCACCAGCGAGCUCCCGGAGAUCACCAUCGUGAUGCUCGGUCAGAAGACCUGCGGGAAGAGCGCCACGGGAAACCACCUCCUGAGCAAAGAGGUGUUCCCCACCUGCGAGACCGGGACCUGUCAGCUGGAGUGGGGGGGGGUCGCCGGCAGGUCUCUCACCGUCAUCGACACCCCGGGCUGGCCGAGCGAUCCCUCCGCCUGCACCGAAACGCGGGACAAAGAAAUAGUCCGAGGCCUCUCGCUAAGCCCCCAGGGGGUCCACGCCGUCCUGCUGGUGGUCGCCUUGGACCAGGGCUUCGGAGACGACCAGAGGGCCGCCCUGGAGGACCACGUGGGCCUCCUGGGCGCCGGCGUCUGGCGGCACGCCGUGGUCCUCUUCACCCACGGGGACAGCCUGGAGGGCCGACCCGUGGAGGAGCACAUCGCGCUGGAGAACGGGGCCCUGCGCUGGCUGGUCGACAGGUGCGAGAACCGCUACCACGUGGUUAACAACGCCAAUAGGGCGGAGUCGCCUCAGGCCGCAGAGCUCUUCCAGAAGAUCGAGGAAAUGGCGGUGGGCAACGGCGGGCAGCUCUUCCACCCCGAGGCGGGCGAAGUCCACCUGAGGAUGCAGGAGAAGUUUGCAAGCACGCGGCUGACGGAGGUGCUCAAGCAGCGGCUGGAGGCGGAGUUCAGGCGGAGGGAGCUGGAGCUGAUGGAGGGCUUCAAGGAGACGCUGCUCCGCCUGCAGGGAAGCGCGAGGAGCAGAUCAAAGUCGCUGACCAUGGAGAAGAAGAAAGUCGGAAAGGAGGAGGAAAGAAUCAAAAGGACACUCUGUCUGGAAAUUGAAAAGCUGGAUAUGGAAAUGAAAAUGAGGAAAUCCUCAGUUGACAUGCAGAGCAGCAUGGACAUCCUCUUCCCCGAAUUUUCCAGAGCAGAAGCAGCGACUCCCCUCCGACCCCUCCAGAAGGUCCUCGGGUGGCUGGCGAAGCUUCCGGUCGGCGGCGACAUGGAUAACCAGACGAGCCUGAACUUCUCCCAGACCUCCGGGUACAGAUCGCUGCUGGACUCUGACCUCAAAAACCUGGACGAAUAAGACGCAUCAAGGAUUUAAACACUGCAGAGUGUAAAUAAAUACUUUGAAACCUCUGAACAUUUAAUUUUGUUUGUUGGUCACAACGCGUGAGAACUUUAUCUUUCUUUCACCGUGAACCUGUUAAACAGAACCAGAUCCCUUGUUCUUUUUGAGGGAUUUAAAUAAAUAUGAAUCAAAUAAUAUUUUGUCCUUUGAUGAAACAGCUCUUAAUUUGACCAAUUCAACGUUUAAACUACUGAGUUUGAUUGAAAGGUAUCUAAAUUAAUAAUUUCAGUUGUGCCCCUGGGAAAGUAACCAUUUACAUACAUUGUGUUAAUGUGUUUCCUGUUUAUUCUGUUACAGUAAUAAAGGAUUUUUUUCUUCCA